CCAUUGUUGCAUAUGCACUCAAUACAAGAUAAUUGAUUACUGUAUGAACCAAAGAGCCUUGCCUUCGCGCUCUGUCGCUCUGACUUUUUGAAAUAGCGCCUCUUAAACGUCAGAGGACAUCUGCAUUACAGCGAUGUCGGACAUAGAUGACGACGCUCCGCCGCCGCUGUCUAGCUUGGCGGAACAAGUCAGUGCGUUGAAGCUAGUAGGAGCGCCGGGCGCGGACGCGUCCACGUCGGGGCAAGACACGCCAACGGAGGCGUCCCUCCGGGUGGCGAACGUAGUGGUGCUACCAGCGAAGCCUGCGCCAGCCAAGGCGGCGCCUGCAAUCAAGAAGGGCUUCUUCGACGCGCCACCCAAGCGGAGAACGAAACCCGCGGGGGAAAGCAAGCCGCCCGAGAAGGCUGUGGAGGAGAUCCCCAUGCUGCGUGCCAAACCCAAGGCGGUGGGCAGCGGCCCCGACAUCCCCGACUUCAUGCGCGUGGAGCCGGACGAGCAGGCCAAGAUGUACGACGUGUACAAGUCCGAGCUGGUCAACAAGCUCAAACCCACGCCCGACAUGGUGUCGGCCAUCGGCAAGGACCCGGAGCUGCUGUCGUACUUUGACGACCCCGAGGUCAUGGCGGCCGUGUCCGACGUGGCAGCCAACCCCGCCGCCAUCAAGAAGUACCAGGACAAACCCAAGGUCAAGGCGUUCUACGCGAUGAUGGGCAAACUGAUGGGCGAGAAGCUGGAGAAGGAGGGCUUCCCCGAGGAGCUGGAGAAGAAGAUGAAGCAGCAGCAGGAGCAGCAGCAGAAGCAGCAGCCACGGAGACCGCAGCUCUGAUGCUGCUGACUGGACGCGUGUGUGUGGAAUGCAAUUAGAGAUUGAGAGCGCGUGCGAACAAGCGGUGUGAUAUUGUGGUAGGUCAUAAGACCGUCGUGUGAACAAAGAUAUGGCCGCGAUGUGAGAGUCACAGCGAGGCAUGAGGGAGCAACGGAGCCUGUCCGGCCAGCCAUAAGGGCGGCAGCGAUGCUGCUGCAAGGAGCAACUUGAGUGCUCCCGCAGAUAAAUCGGCGCGUGUCAUAGCGGAAUAUGAGGCGGCAGCGGUGCAGCCUCCAGCCUUGUGACAGCGGACAAGACUCGCCCGGACUCGGAAGUGUCGGCUGGGGUGCGUGUGUGGCAGGGGAUGACGCCCUCGUGGUGGAGCGGAUGGUGGGCCAGAUGUGAUCCCACGUUCCAAUUCUUGAUGACGAUGCACCGCUACAUGAAGCAUUUGAGUGGCUUGGCCACUGUACGCCAAUCGGACAAGGGGCAGAGCUGAAGAGUCAAGCUAAGGCAUAAAGUUUGGCAUACAGUUGGAUGGCCGCAUGUACGGAAAUCGGGAAUGGUGCAUACCGUACGCCUUGCAGGCGCCUAAAGAGCCCCGGGGAAAGCUGGUACAGCUCCAGCAGGCCUUGCCCAAGACCCCCUAGCCCAACCGACGGCAUACGCAAUCAGCUGUUGGAGAAGCGAGGGUAGGCCGGCCACGAAGGCUGUGCCCCAUACUGGAAUGACAUUACCGCAGCUCACUUUAACCGGGCGAACUGCG